AUGGAAUAAGAUUUUCUUUUAGAUUUAGAUGAAGAAGGAUUAAUAUAAUCAAUAUCAUGCGUUAUUGAAUAAGAUGGUGUUAAAUUUCCUAAACUUGAUUUGUAAUUUAAGAAAGAUGGAAUUUCAAGCAUUUCAACAGGAAAUAAAAUGUAAAAUAUGUAAAAUGGAAUUCAUGCAGAAGAAAUUGAAAUUGGUGAAAUUAUAGGAUAAGGAGCAUCAUCUUAUGUUUAUAAAGGUAUAUAUAAACCAAACAAUUAUCCAAUUAGUAUUAAGACAGUUAAUAUUUUUGAUAAAGAUAAAAGACAUUAAAUGUUGAAUGAUUUUAAAAUCUUACUAACUUAAUAUACACAUCCAAAUUUAAUAUAAUGUUAUGGUGCAUAUUAUGAUUAAGGUACUAUUAAAAUAAUUUUGGAAUUAAUGGAUUUUGGUUCUAUUAGAAAUUUAAUAGAUAUUUUAAAAUAAAUAAAUAAUUAAGAUCCUUUAAUGAAUGAAUCUAUAUUAGCAAAUAUUGUUUAUUAGGUAUUAAAAGGACUCGAAUUUUUACAUAAAAAUAAACAUUAAGUGCACAGAGAUAUCAAACCUGAUAAUAUAUUAAUAAAUAAAAAAGGUUUAAUUAAGCUAACAGAUUUCGGAAUUAGUAAAUAAUUGGAAAAAACAUAAGAAUUGUGUAUUACAUUUGUUGGUACUACAUUGUAUAUGAGCCCUGAAAGAUUAACUGGAAACUAAUAUGGAUUAAGAAGUGAUGUAUGGAGUUUAGGGAUUGUAAUUUUAGAACUAGUUACAGGGAUGUAUCCUUAUGAAUAUAAAAAUAAAUCAAUUUUAGAAUUUGUUUAAAGUAUUUUAUAAUAACCUGAACCUCUAUUACCAUAAAAUGCAAAUUAUUCCAAUGAAUUAAUUGAUUUUAUAAAAAAUUGUCUUUCAAAAGAAUAAAAAAAUAGACUAGAUAUUUCAUAAUUAAUGUUAGGUACAUUUGAAUAUGAUGAAGAUAAUGAAGAAGAUAAAAAUUUACCAGAAUAUGGGCCUUAUUAAUUCAGAAAUGAUUCCAUUUAUAUUGGAUAAUGGUAAAAUGGAAAUAGACAUGGUAGAGGUAAAUAAUUAUGGGUAGAUGGUAGCAUUUAUGAAGGAUACUGGAAAGAAAAUAUGGCAUAAGGAAAAGGAAGGCUUAUACAUUCUUAUGGAGACGCUUAUAUAGGUUAAUGGAGUUAUGAUAAAGCAAACGGAAUAGGUGUUUAUUUACACGUAGAUUAGGCUAAAUAUGAAGGCGAAUGGUUAGAUGAUAAAUAAAAUGGCACUGGUACUGAAACUUGGCCAGAUGGAGCAGUUUAUAAAGGUGAUUAUUUAAAUGGGAAAAAAGAUGGGUAUGGAAAAUUUGUUUGGGCCGAUGGUUCCACAUAUGAAGGUAAUUUCAAAUAAAAUAAUAUUAAUGGAAAAGGCACUUAUUAAUGGCCUGAUGGAAGAAUGUAUACAGGAGAUUGGGUAGAAAAUAAAAUGGAAGGUAAAGGUGUUUUUACUUGGAAAGAUGGAAGAAAAUAUGAAGGUGAAUAUAAAUCUGAUAAAAAACACGGCUAUGGAAUUUUAGAAUGGCCAGAUGGUAAAACAUACAAAGGUAAUUGGAAAAAUGGAAAACAACAUGGUAUUGGAAUUUUAUUAAUUUAAGGAUAAAAAGAAAAGAAAGGAGAAUGGAAAAACGGUAAAAAGAUAAAGUGGAUUAAAUGA